UUAACUGCAAUGUCCCAGACUCAUGUAAACAGACUGUUCCCAGGCCCAGGCUCCUAUCCCGGGUUAGUCAGACCCCUGUUCCCAGGCCCAGGCUCCUAUCCCGGGUUAGUCAGACCCCUGUUCCCAGGCCCAGGCUCCUAUCCCGGGUUAGUCAGACCCCUGUUCCCAGGCCCCUAUCCCGGGUUAAGUCAGACCCCUGUUCCUAGGCCCAGGCCCCUAUCCCGGGUUAAGUCAGUCUCUUCCCCCCAACCCAAGGCCCAGGCUCCUGCGCCGAACUGUCUCAGGACCCCCGGGAGGGGGAAGGAGGUGGCUCCUGUCACGGACGAAUCGGACCCUCCCCCGGCCCGCGGCCGACGUGACGCUGGUCGCUGGUCGCAGGCCCCGCUCCCCGCUCGCCCGCUCGCUCGCUCGCCCUUCACUCCGCCAGAACCAGGGCCCGGAGCCGCUCGGCCGCCAUUUUGAGCCGCUGCCCUCCUCCUUUCUCCACACAAACACUG